AUGUUGGCUUCUUUGAAUCAUCAACUCAUCGUGGAGAAUUUCACUAUUUUUUAUAAUGGGAAUCAGGAUGAAGUGAUGUGCUUCUUGCCUUUUCUCAAACCGGGAUACUUGAAGAAAAUUGAAUUAUUUAAUCGUGGUUCUGGAGAUGCUCCUCUUGAUAAAGUUAUGAACCUUCCGCAAGUGAUAAAAACUAAACAAAUUAAUAUUAGCAAUUUUGAUAGUGUGCCGCUGGAGUCAUUUUGGAAUAUUCCAAUUGUUCAUCUUGCGCGAACUAACAUAAAUUUUCAAGAAGUGAACUCACUCAUUCAGCACUACUUCCAACUUGAUACUUUCAAGUACAUUCGUUUCUCUGCACCCGAAAAAGACUGGUUUCCUCCUGACUCCCCGACUUUCGAUGAUGGCGAAAAUCGGAAGGUGAUGAUUGUCAAAGGACCCAAGUUUGCUAUAAGAACUAUUCAUCGUAUGGAUAGAAGAUAUGUUACUGUCAGAAAAAUUCCUUUGCCAUAUUGA